GACCCCAACUUCACCAGCGAAGUGCCGGGGGUGCAGUGGCACAAAAGGGUCCAAAAGUGGCAGGUGGAGAUCAAUUUGAAGUCUGACCAGAAGAAGAUCUAUGGCGGCCUCUUCACCGAGAAGGCGGCGGCCGAAGCCAAGGCCCUGGAGAUCCAGGAGAAGGCCGGCCUGCAGCGCCAGGUAAAGCCCGUGGCCACCCUGUCGGAGCUGCCGGAGUUCCACCCGAAGGUGCCGUACCCAGGGGUGAAGUGGCGCCAGCCUGAGCAGCAGUGGCAUGCAUGUUGCGCCGUUGGCGGGUCAACCCGAAAUUUCAGGGUAAGGCCCAAGGACCACUCGGAGGCGGAGCUGGAGCGCUCCUUCCAAGUGGCUGUGGCAUGGAAGAAGAAGCAGGAGAAGGAGAAGGAGAAGAGCGGGAAGGCUGUGAAGUCCAAGGUGAAGCCUGGGAGGAAGCAGCGAAAGUGA